GCGACGGAGGUGAAUGAGUACCCCUGGCAAGCGGCACUCGUUGUAAAGGGAACCAACCAGGUUUUCUGUGGUGCUUCUCUCUAUAAUGAUGGUUACGUUGUUACGGCUGCUCAUUGUGGAAGCAAUAACUGAUUAUGGGAUAGAUGUGGAGGUUCUCCUAGGGGCACAUGAACUGACCAGCUCCACCAGUGCCCAGCAGCGUAUUUCUGUAGAAAGGAUCAUUAACCAUGAAAGCUAUGACAGCAGUACACAAGAUAACGACAUCGCUGUACUAAAGCUUGCCACAAAAGCUUCUUUGAAUGAAAAUGUUAAACCCGCUUGUCUUCCCAGCGUCAGUGAAGAUUAUACCGGCUUCACCGCCACUGUUUCUGGAUGGGGAACGUUGAGUUCAGGCGGUAGUCAACCCGAUGUCUUACAAGAGGUUCAGGUUCCAGUGGUCAGUAACAGCGAGUGCCAGCAGUCGUAUGGUAACAGCAUCAGUGACAUGCUUUGUGCUGGUUACGAUGCUGGUGGGAAGGACUCUUGUCAGGUCAGUGUUCACGUACUCUGGAACAAAUACAAGGAAUCUCUGUAUGAAAUAAAUGUAUUUUUUUUCAGGACGAUACAUAAGUAUUUGGACUGGCUGAAGGCUAAGACGAGUGAAGGAAGCAACGACUUGUGUUUUUCUGGUCAAGGGUCAGGCUCAACCACUAAGACUCCAGCAGCAACUACCGUCCCUUCAGCUACAAGCUGCAAGUGUGGACAAGUCAACCGACAGACUCGUAUCGUGGGUGGUCAGCCAACUGAGAUACACGAGUAUCCCUGGCAAGUGGCUCUCGUCAGUUCUUCCGGCUCAACACCAUUCUGUGGCGCCUCCAUCAUCAGUAACCAGUGGAUCCUCACUGCUGCUCACUGCGCUGCCGUCAUGACCACCAGCAACAUGGUGGUGAUCGGCGAGCACAAGUACACCAGCACUUCCGAGACGUCGGCCACAGAGCGCCUCAGUAUUGCUCAGACUUGUCUUAGUUCAGUUAUGACAGUCUUGUCUCAUGUCAGUUUUGACAGUCUUACCUCAGGCGGGUCACAGCCAAACACGCUGUAUGAGGUCACGGUACCCACCAUGACCAACGACAAGUGUAAAACCAAGUACAGCAGCUCAGGCAUAACUUCCAACAUGAUCUGUGCUGGCACAGACGCUGGUGGCAAGGACUCCUGCCAGGGUGACUCUGGUGGUCCCAUGGUCACUGCUGGGGACAGUAGCCAGAGGUUCAUGGUACAGAUCGGUGUAGUGUCUUGGGGCUACGGUUGUGCUGAUGCCGAUUACCCAGGAGUCUACGCCAGGGUCACAAACUACCUGACCUGGAUUGAGGCCAAGAUUGCUGGGUCGACCACCUGCCCACCACCUGCUGCCAGAGAAUAGGCGUCAAUUUCACCUCCUUUGGGGCCAACAUAGACUGGGGUGAACUCCACCCUCCCUGACUUUAGCACUUUAUUAACCUUUAGUCAUUGAAGUAACACCAUUAUAUGUUUCUGUUGCUCGUUUUCGCCAUGCAGAACUAUAACAUGUAGUUAAUAACUUCUUUUAAAAAUAAAUAAAGAUGAAGUGCA